GGAAGGGAACGGAACGGGGGCUCGGAGCGGGCCGAUGGCGUUCAGCGCCUGGCAGAUCCUCUCCCCGGUGCAGUGGGCCCGCUGGACCUGGUCCGCGGUGCGGGGCGGCGGCAGCCCCGACGGGGAGGAGGAGGAAGACGAGGAGGAGGAGGAAGAGGACCCGGCCCUCGGCUUCAGCUCGGACUCCAAAGAUAGUUUUGAGACCCCUGAAGCAGGGACGCCGACCAGCGCGCUGCUAAAGGAGCCGCCGCUGGAGCCCGAAGCCGGGACCCGGGAGCCAAGUGGCCAUGGUGACCUGCUGGUAGGGGAGGUCCAUGGGGACAGCUCGCCAGGGAAGCAUCCCAAAGAUGAGGCUCGUGUGGAGAUCGCAGCCCCUAAAGCCAGUUUGGAUGCCAAAGGGGAAAACGACCCCGAAGAUGCAUCCCUGAGGCAGCCUCAGGCUCACAUCCAGCCCCAAGGAGCACCGGGCAGUGGGGCCGACCAGGAGCGGGUCAUGUUGGGAGAGGAUGCGGCGGAUGCCAGCAUGGGGAUGAUGGAGCCGAAGGGGGAUGCUCUGGUCCAGGAUGGGAAAGGGAUAACAGAAGGAUCCAUAGAGGAGACCCUGGAGCUGUACGAUGGGAGUGUGAACCCCGCUGUAGCAUCAGCCCCACACUGCCCUCCCCACCCCAGUGACAGCGUUGGGGAGCAAGGGGGGGACCCGGAGCACAAAGAGCAGCUCCCAAAGCCUGAGGUUGAUUCGAUGGAGGGAGGAGAGAGCCCGGAGACCAGGAGAGCAGCUCCCAGGAGGGGCAGCAGGAUCCCGGCCAGCAAAGUGACACCGAAGAGGCACCGAGAGCCCCCCAAGAAACCAGUUGAGGAUGCAGAGAGGGGCCCCAUGGAUCUGCCCCUUCCCGGCUCCCCCCGCCUGGGUCCUGCACCCCGGAUAGGCCCCUUGGGUGGCAGCUCAGCGCUGCAGGACUCAGCGCCGGCUCUCCCCAAAGGGUCCUACCAGUUCGACCCCAAUCACUUUGAGGCAAUGGAUCCGUUGAAGCCCACCAAGACCCUCGGCAGCUCCACCACCGACUCCUGCCCUGCUGCUGACAACAGCCUCAAUGAGAUCCUGGAGUCUCAGGCGCUGGAGGUGCAGGAUGAGCCCGGCAGAGGCAGCGGCUCCCCCAAGAAGCCCAAGUCCCGCCUGAUAACGACCACUGAACAAGUGAAAUUUCUCUGUUUUCUGUUGAGCGGCUGCAAGGUGAAGCCAUACGAGGCACAGCCCCUGGUCCUGGAUGCUGGCGCUCAGGAUGAAGCAGCGCUGAUCCCAGAAAUCCCAGAUAUUGCCAAUCGGGAUGGACGAGCCACUGAUGAGGAGAAGCUGGCCUGCACCACGGCACAGAAACCUGGGCUGGAGAAGAAGCCUGAGCCCGAAGAUGACCUGGAGUACUUUGAGUGCUCCAACGUCCCUGUGCCAGCCGGGAAGCACGGCACGGAGCCAGGCCCUGAAAAGGAGAUCUCCAAGCAGGUGGAAAAGGACAUCUUCCCUGGCAAUCCCGGGCUGUGCUCCAUGGACAAGUCCCCCUCAGCCACCACCAGGAGCGAGAGUCCCUUGGCCAGCAUCUGCCUCAGUGAAUGCGAGAAGACGGCCGUGCUCACGCUCAUCCGAGAGGAGAUAAUCACAAAGGAGAUCGAGGCAAGCGAGUGGAAGAAGAAGUACGAAGAGAGCCGCCAGGAAGUGCUGGAGAUGCGGAAAAUCGUGGCUGAGUAUGAGAAGACCAUUGCCCAGAUGAUAGAGGACGAGCAGAGGACGAACAUGACGUCCCAGAAGAACCUGCAGCAGCUCACCCUGGAGAAGGAGCAGGCGCUGGCGGACCUGAACUCGGUGGAGAGGUCCCUAUCGGAUCUCUUUAGGAGAUACGAGAACCUGAAGGGUGUCCUGGAAGGCUUCAAGAAGAAUGAAGAAGCUCUGAAGAAGUGUGCUCAAGAUUAUUUAACCCGGGUCAAGCAGGAGGAGCAGCGGUACCAAGCCCUGAAAGUCCAUGCGGAGGAGAAGCUGGACAAAGCCAACGAGGAGAUCGCCCAAGUGCGUGCCAAGGCCAAGGCAGAGAGCACGGCGCUGCACGCGGGGCUGCGCAAGGAGCAGAUGAAGGUUGAGUCCUUGGAGAGAGCCCUGCAGCAGAAGAACCAGGAGAUUGAGGAGCUGACCAAGAUCUGCGAUGAGCUGAUAGCGAAGCUGGGCAAGACGGACUGAGUCCCACCACCCCUCGCCCAGCACUCUGCACUUGGCCGCUUUCCUCCUAACGUGCAGCACUUUGCCUUACCCCAGGACCCCGGCACAGAGCACAGCAUCCUGCUGCCUGCUCCCUGCAUCCCAGGGCUCCGGGACCGCGAUCCCUGCAGUCAGGCUGCGUGUCCCUCUGCGCCGAUGCCACCUCUCAAGUGGGAGGUGGGAUUCCCCCCCCCUACCCCAGACCCUGUGUCCUUUGUCUGGGUCUGGUUGUGCCCCUACACACUCUUGUCACUUACUGUCCCCUCCUGCUCCAGGUUGACCCUAUGAGGCCCUGCCAUGGGAUGUGGGUGAUGCCGAUGCCGGAGCCGCUGGUCCUUGCACUAGGGAGGGGACCAUGCACAUGGGUGCAUGGCUGGGGAGAGGCAGCAAAGGGGAGCCUUUAUGUUUGGGGCCACCAGUGUGAUCCUUUGGCCAAAGCAGCCUCCCAUUAGGUCGAUUGGUUUUGGGAGAGGUGCUGGGGUUCAGGGAGCUGGUCCCAGUCUCUGGUCCGUGGGUGGAAGGCAGCCCAGAGCAUCCUCAUCCCUGGCUGUGCCAAUGGAACCCAAUGUCUCUGCAUUCGUGCACUUUAUUAGCAUUUAUGAGCACUGAGGCUCUCUGCUCACUUCUUCCAGGCAGGCACGGUCCUGUUACACAUCUCCUUCCCUUGGGAGCACGGAUACAGCCGCUUCACCUGCAGUAACUUGAGUCCUCUUAAAGCAGAGCCCUGCCAAGGGGAGGGCAGGAGGCUCCUGCACCGGGAGGUGUUGGAGACAUGGGGAGAUGCUGGUUCUGCAGAGCUGGUGCUGGUCCAUUUGCCUGCCCCACGGUCACUGCCCUUCACAGUGCUAAAGCCAAGCCCCGUGCCCUUGGCUCCCCAUGCCACAGCUGCGCUAGGAUGGAUGUUACAGGAGGAAAUUGCUUCAUGAUCCUGCUGGCUUCAGGCUCUUUCCAUCAGUGCAGAACAGAGCAGCCCUGCCCGGCUCUUUGCUGCUCUCAGAAAUGCCCUUGCAGCACUGAACGUGAAGGGAACCAAACAAAAGGCAGCCUUGACAGGCACAGGCAGGUCCGGGCAGCAGGGAAGUACCCUUUGGAAUCUAUGGAUGCAGCCCAACAUCUGCUUUUCCACGCAGGCAGGGUGCCCGCUCCGCCUCCGAGUCCAUGGCCAUGGCCAUGCCAACCACUGAGGUUGCCUUUGGAUGGGCUGGGAAGCGGGGGGCUCCUCAAGAUCUGGGGUUCCAUGGGGGGCUGUGGGUCAGUGCAGAAGCAUCCCUGCAGAAGGCGGAUGGAUGGGAUCAGGCAAUAGCUGCAGUGGUAAAGGGAGGACUCUAUCGCCUUGAGCGGGGAGUCGUAAAGCAUCACAUAAGGGAAGUAUUUGCUCUUUGGACUGUUUCCUACCCAGCCUAUUUGAAGACUUUCACAAACCUUUUUGCUGCUACCUUUUUGUAAGAGAAUUGAGCUGGUUUCCUUCUAUUUUCUAACCCCAGUGGUGCGCAUGCAGUGUUUAACCCAGAGCCAUGCACUUGGUUAUAUUUUAGUAGCUAUAUGAUGUAUAGAGAGAGUUUAUCACGCACUUAAGCAGACGAAGAUGCCAGCAGCCUGCCCUAGCACGCAGAGUCCGGGCCUGUUCCCUGCGCUCCCAGUUAUCCCAGUGACCGGGGUGGGGAAGCUGAUGGCUGACACCAUCCAUGGCUUUGUGCUGAAUGUUUGCCCCUUUGCACAGCAAGGAAACCCCCCUUUUCUGCUCUUUCCCCCCCUCUUUCCCCUCCCCACACAUCCAUGGGCUGGUAGGAAAGCCUCUGGCAGAUGAUGGGCAAGGCUGAUUCCUGUUUGGGAAGUCAAAGUGCCAGCCUCAGCCCACUGGAGCAUCACUGCCCUUCCCUCUGUAUAUCAUCAGAAUUAGGGGUAUGCAGACUACAGCACUGCUCUCCCACUCCAGAACAGCAUUCCCGCCUGGAUGCAUGACCCUUUGGACCUCCUGGGGGUCUGUGCAGGUGAAUUGACCCCCUUGAGACCAGGAAUUACUUAGGGAGCUGGGUUUUGCCCUUUGCAGCAGCAUCCUCCCCAUCUGCUUCCCAGAGCCUCUCCCGGUCCCACUCGCUGCCUCUGUCACCCCAGUGCUGCUGCAUCCCUGCGCCUGUCAGCAUGCACUUCCAGUCUGGGCGAAAGAAGAUUCCUAAGGAAUGAUUUAUUAACUAUAAUAUGGUUAUAGUUACAUAUAUAUAUAUAAGUAUAUGUAUAAUGGUUAUAGUUCUAUAUAAUAGGAGGCGUGUGUUUGUAGCUGCAAGCAGGCAGGACUGUUGCAUCCCGAGUGCUGCUCUUAGGAGCCAGCUGUGGAUGGGGCUGGCUUAGCCCUGGAGCUAUCAUCCCAUUUGGAUGCCACGUUCCGGUCAGGAUGCAUCCCGGUUAGGGGAGCACUGCGGGUACCCGUGUUUGGGCUCCCAGCAUCGUGGUGUUUGUCAUCAUCUGCUUGCAGUAGAGGUGAAAUCCCUGCAUCCAGCGAAGUGCCGAUGAGGAACUGCCCUGACGUUAGAUGGCUCCCCCCAAGGCAGGCGCUUCCCUGCACUGACCCCAAUCGCUUCCCACCACGUGUGUAAGUGCCAUGGCCAUCGGUUUUAUAUGUCCACUGAGUUCCCUUUUCUAUGUCAGGUAAAUAUUUGUAAGAGUUAUACUCACACAGAUUAUUCUAACGAUUACUAAUAUAUUUUUGUUGCCAUGUUUCAUUGCCUGAAUAAAACCCGUGUUUAUCACUCUUGAAA